UGAGAGAGGGGGGGUUUGGGACGUUUCUGGGAAUCCUUAUUUCUUGCCCCCUGGAGGGGAGGAUAUGGGGAGCGAGAAGUCGGGGGAAACCCUAAGCCUAAGGAAGCGGAGGCCAAUGGAAGCGGCGGAGGAGGACGAGGAGGAGAGGGAGAUCCAAGAGCUGGAAAAGGAGGUGGGCGAGAUGGCCCGGCGACUCCUAGAUUUCCGGGGGACCAUCCCGGAUAGGCUCAUGGAGGCCUUCUCUUCUCGCCUCGUAGCACAAAGACCGCUUUUUUCGCCUCAAAUUGGUGCUACUUCUGCUCCAUCUGAAACCCUGGUGGGCGCUGAUUCCGGAGCUGAUGUACGAGUGGAAUCACAGUUGAAUGGGGGGACAUCUCUUGCAGAAGCUGAUCAGCUAAUGCUUGGGAAAUUAAAUAUUUUCAGAGCCAAAACUGCUAGCAAUAUUGCUGCAAUGCCUGUCAUUUUGAAGAGAUUGAAUGAAUGCAUUGCAAGGAUUGACAAAUUUGAUCAGUAUAAUGCCAACAUACGUCCUGUUUUCAAAAGGAAAAGGAAGUAGUAGCUGAUAAUACUUUGUUCACAGUUCCUGAUUUAUAUUUUAAUAAAUGAAGAGUGUAUUUUGAGUGUCAUUUUUGUUCUGUAUGUUGGUACCAAGAAUCAUUGGUUUGCAGAAUUUGGUAAAGAAAAUGUGACUCAGUCUAGACAAAACAGUGUCUAGCUUGAUGUAAUUUUAUUUUGCAAGCGCCCACAUGGAUAAUGAAAGAUCCAUGGCCUUUUCGUUAAUUAUGAUCAUUACUCUUCAUUGGUUCAAAUCA